UUUUUCAUCUACAUUGCCAUCUGCGCCACGCUUGUCCUGGCUGCAGGCAUCUUCAGUGGCCUCACCCUCGGCUUGUUAAGCUUUGAUAUCACCCACUUGCAAGUUGUGAUCCAAGGCGGCAGUGAACGCGACUGCAAACGUGCACAAAACAUUCUCCCCUUGGUCUCACGCCAUCAUCUCCUCCUGGUGACGCUCCUGCUCUCCAAUGCCGCAGUGUGCGAGGCUCUGCCUCUGUUUUUGGAUGACCUCGUCUCCGAAUACGUUGCCAUUGCCAUCUCUGUCACUGCCGUACUCUUCUUCGGCGAGGUCAUCCCGCAGGCGCUCUGCUCCAAGCAUGGUCUGGCCAUUGGGUCGUUCUUUACACCAUUCGUAUGGCUGAUGAUCAUUCUGCUCUUUCCCAUUGCGUGGCCACUCUCCAAGCUGCUUGACUGUAUCCUUGGCGAGAAUCACUCGGCCUUCUUUCGCCGCUCAGAGUUGGGUGCCUUUGUUCAAAUGCACGGCGAUGAUUCCACCGGCAACGAGGAACCCCUCAGUUCGCACGAGAUUGACAUCAUUCGAGGUGCUUUGGAGCUCAACGACAAGGUGGCAGCAGAUGCCAUGCAGCCCCUCGAGUGUGUGUUCUGUCUGCCCUUUGACGAGCGCCUGUCGCUCAACGUGAUGGAGGCCAUCCUGGAUCGCGGACAUUCGCGCAUCCCUGUGUAUCGUGACUCCCCCACGCAAAUGCAGCACUUUAUCUUGACCAAGCGGCUAAUCAAGUACCGUCCUGAAGACGGCACCCCAAUUUCCGAAGUACCAAAGCACCGCCUGAAUCGCGUGGACCGAGAUCUCCCCCUUUAUGACCUUUUGAACGAGUUUAAGAAUGGU